CAUCACAAUCUAAUCUCUAUCUUCUCUCGAAUUGCCUCUCUCAUUUUUUCAGUCUCUAGCUAAUAUCAUGGAUGGUCAAAACGAGAACAUCAUCUCCUUCUCAACCCCGAACUCAAGGCACAUCUCUCCCUCUCAGGUCACGCAGCCUGCCGUAGCGGCUCCAGCCACAGUGGAGGAGGGUUCCCGAAGCACGAGGAGGGGUAGAGGUGUUAUUUACGGGCGCGAUGCACGCGGUAGGUUCCUCAGUAAGAAUGGGACACAAAGGAAUAGGCCGACGUCGUUGCCCAACGUUUUAGGUGACAUGUCGAAUGUGACUACUGGAGGAGGGGACUUCACGCCGUAUAUCUUCACAGUUAAUAUAGGAGAGGAUAUAAUCGAAAGAAUUAUGUCCUUCAUGGAAAAUGGUGCUCGCGGAGUAACUGUGCUAUCCGCAAAUGGUUGGGUUACUAACGUCAAGAUUCAAACGCUCGAUAGCACCCGCCGAGUCGUGAUCUUUAAGGCUGCGUACGAUUUAGUAUCGCUGAGCAGUUCAAUGACAGCAUAUGAGAGUGGAUCAGUGAAUAAUCAGACGGGAGGGUGGCGGAUAACGAUUGGUGGGGUUGGUGGUCGCAUCUUUAGUGGUGUUUUAGUUGGUAGACUCAUUGCAGCAAGUCAAGUCCAAGUUGUGGUUGGAAGUUUCUGGCCGUUGGUACCAAAUCCGCCUCAAAAAAGGUAUGAUGAGCCAAACGUUGUGGUUGUUCCACCAGAGAGACAAAAUUCAUUGCCUUCCUCAUCAUCUGGACAAGUCCAACAAGCACAUAUGAUGAGCGGCCCUUCUCAGUCUCAAGAGAGGGUUGAUAAGUCUAAAACUGUGAUUGGUGGACCUACAGUACCAAGCACACUGUCAUUCACAGGACAAGUCGGACAACCAGACAUGAGUGGCUCUUCACACUCUCAGAUGAGCAGCAAUGAAUUCCAAACUGUGAAUUUUUCAGCCAGAGUACCAAACUCAUUGGCUUUCUCAUUUACGGUACAAGUCCAACAACCAGAGAUGAGAGGCCCUCAUAUUUCUCAGAUAGUCAAUGAUCCAUCCCAAGCUGCGAUUGUUGGACGUACAACACCAAGAGAGCUGGCUUUCUCGUUCAGAGGACAAGUCCAACAACCAGAGCCAUCCCACUCUCAUCAGACGAGGAAGGAUGACUCUCAAGCAGUGGUUGUUCCAAGCGCCCUUGCUUCCUCAUCUACGGGACAAGUUACACAGCCAGAAGUUUCAAGCCCUAUUCUGACUCUAGGGUGGCACAACCAGUUGUAAACCGUUUAUAACAACUUCUCUUUAAUUUAUGUAUUUAAACCGUUUAUAAUGACAUUUAUUUAACUUUGGUAUAUCCAAAACCGUUCUUAA